AUGUAUUGUACAUCUUCAUAUGAACAAAAGAUCUCACAUGAAAGUGAAUAUCAUUUAAAUCAUGAAAACAUUAUUCCGAAAAGAACUAGCCAGACGACUACAACGAAACCUAACAAACAAUUACCAGAAAAGGCAAUUUGCUUGAUGAACGCCUGGUAUCUGGCUCAUGAAGAUAAUCCAUAUCCAAAUCGAAAUGAUUUAGACUAUUUAGCAACAAAUGGUGGUAUCAAAGAAUCUCAAGUGAAAGCAUGGUUUUCGAAUAAACGUAAUCGAACACAAAAUACACAUCCCAAACGUGCUAAACGUUAUCUUAUUCGAAACCAAGCACAUCAAAACCCGAUCCUAUUCAAUGAACCAGAAAAACUUCGUAUCGCUGAUGAACUCGAACAACGUGCACAAGUUUUACACCAUUGCAACAAUCAACCGUCGAACUCUACGACUACGCCCCCGGUUUGGUCUUGGUUACCAUCACAGACAUAUGAUUAUUAUUCUCAUCAACACUAUUACAAUCACUCGUGA